AUGGCGUCUUCCGUUCGUGGGACAACCAAUCGAGUCAGCAAGCGACAAACAGGUCUUCGAAGUUAUGCAAAAAUCUCCAAAAUCACCAAAACUCAAGUUAUUUGCAAGUCAGCCGUGAUAGAAGAAGCCAUCAGCCCAGCAGUCAAUCCCAAACAAACCACCAAGUCUACUCCGAAGCGCAAACGCAGUGAAGAUCAUGAUGACAGUGAGACUGAGUCAGGAAGUGCCUAUGUCGCCACCCAUGGUUCGAAGAAGCCAAAGCUUCAGUUGCUCAACCCCCCAUCUGCGCAUCGCGAAGAGUUGGAUUCCAUUGACAUUGAAUUCUCGUCUCCAAUUCAAAUGCGACGCCUUUCGCUCAACACCGACCCUGUUCCAGAAGAAGAAGGACCUGUGAAAGAGCUUCACCCUGCCCUUCAAGACUUUGUGUCUUUGCACGCUACAUUCCUCAGAGCAUAUACUGUCCACAUUGUUUACCACGGUAAAUCGGCACCAGCGGAAUUGGAUAGCCUGAUGGCCUCUAUCACCAAGUUGUGGAAGAGACGCACCGUCAUAAAAGAGGACAUUCAGCGAAUGUUGGCUUUUUACGAGCCCGACGUGUCCGGUGUUGCCAGUCCUCCACUUCUUAAACACAAGGAAGCUCCCUUCAGAUUGACGACAGUUGGUGGCGAUUUCGUCCGAUAUAAUGUCGAGUAUGUUGGUGGUGACAGCAUCAACCGACCUCCGGAUCCUCCAUAUGAUGAGCACACUCUUCAAAAGCUCUAUGAAAGCAAGAUCGAGGCCUUUUCCACCUCUCAGCGACACAACUUCUCGGCCUGGCUUCAUGGCGAGCUACGCUACUUUCCCCGUCUCGAUUUCGCUGUUGGUGUGCAGACACGAGCUCGCAAGGAAAAAGUCUCUGCCAUUCGAAAAGAGAUCUUGGCUAAUCGUCCAGCAUCACCAUCCGAUGGUCUGACGAAUGCGGAAGUCAUUGCAGAGGAGAUCCAAACACCAUUGAUUGUCAAGGAUCGAACUUUGUCUCUCUUGGACCGUGUUCGAGCAAGAACACUCGCCAAAUCUGCUGCUACCCCUCACACUCACGAGGCUAUCCUCCGUCGUUACGCUCUCGGUCGAAUCCAUGAAGUGGUUGAAAUUCUUCGAAUGAAGCAACAACGAAAGCUGAGCUCCCAAUUCAUCUCAUAUGCUCACUCCAGCCCCAGCAAGGUUCGAGGCAGAGUGUCGUUCGGCCUGAAACAACUUGUCGACGACAUCAAGGGCAGCGUCGCUGUUCCAAUCGGCGAUGCAGAGGUCAAAACGUGUAUCGACAUACUUGCAAAUGAUAUUCCAGGAAUAUGGUGUUCUGUCUAUACUGUCGGAAAGCUUCAGAGUGUCGUUCUUAAUGGACCAGGUUUGAGUGGUAUUGAGGUCAAGAAAAUUCUGGAUGAAAGGGAGAAGAUGAACUGGGAAUCGUGA